CGGCUUCGAAGACAGUCGGCUUCGGUUUUGCGCCAGUCAGAGAGUAGAUCGUAGAGGAAUUUCCUGGAUUCGCAAGUUCCUAUGGUAGUCCCACAGAAGAGGAACAUAGGAUCCUUUGUGUGUUAGUUUCGCUGUGAUUCUUCGAGUUAAGCUUCCGGUGAAGAGUUCUGCUCAAGGAUAACCAGUGAAAGUGAGAAAGAGAGAUAGAGAUUUCGUUCGCACAAGGAAGCACUAGGCGAGUGCUUGAAUCGGUGCAACGAACAAAGGAGCAAGAUCCCAAGUUCAUGGACUCUAGACAAGUGCUGUGAAAGUGGUGACUGAAUUGAAAACAUAAAAUAAAUCGAAGAAGUUGGUGUGAAUUUCAUAACAUAGGAAAAUGAAAGCAGUCAGCGUGUUUUUACUAAUCGGAGUCGUUCUGAGGAUAGAAUCCAUUCAUGGAGCCAUACCCCCGACCAUCCAAGUGUGUAGACGAAGCAAUCCCGACAUUAGCAAAUGUAUCACGGACUCGGUAAAUGCCCUGAGGCCACGAUUGGCUACAGGGAAAAUUUCCGAUGAAUUCUCGAUCCCACCGCUGGAACCGCUGGCCCUGGCCUCGGUCAACAUGGACCGAGGGGCGGAGUUCAAGGCGACGUUCAGCAAUUUGCUGGUCAAUGGGCCCAGCAAGUUCCAAGUCGAUAAUCUUAAAGUGAACCUCGACAAAUUGACAUUCGAUUUCAACAUAUAUCUGCCGAAGCUUUCCUUCCGUGGAAGGUACGAUCUCAAGAUCAAACUGUUGCUGCUCAACAUCGCCGGUACCGGUGACCUGAAGGGUGUUCUAGAAAACUCUCGAGCACGUGUCAAGCUGUUCUGCGAGCGCUACGAUAAGGACGGCAAAGCGUUCAUGCGGGCCAAGCGGCUAGCCGUCAAGAUCCAGAUCGAGAAGGGUCAGUUCGACAUGAAGGACCUGUUCAACGGUGACGCGACGCUGAGCCAAGUGGGCAAUCAAUUCAUCAACGACAACUCGCGCCUCUUCCUGGACGAACUGACGCCCGGAUUGGAGCGAAGCCUUUCGGAAACCUUCAAAAACACCGCCAACGAAAUCCUCAAGCUGGCCACCAUGGAUGACAUCUUCCCAGCGUAGGGCAUUCGUUUCUGCGCCUUAUUCCGUUCACCAAAAAUCGCCCUCAUUCUAAUCAUAACCUUAUUAAUUUAAUACGAUGAUUUUGGUUAAGGCGUAUGGUUCCGUAAUUACUAUUGUUACUAGAAAUCUUUCCAAUCAUCCUCCUCUCUACUAUCUCACCAAAUUUCCUGCAAACGGUGUUACUUACUGGAAUUAUGUUGUCUGUGAUGAGUUAUGAGUUAAUUGUGUGUGAGUGUUUUUAUAACGAGUCCUAAUUAAGAAUUGGAUAAACUUAGUUUUUAAGAGAGUAAGCCUGCGACGGAGUAUACAAGGAAUAGAAUCGCAACCGGAAUUCGAGAAGAGGCAUCAUCUUCCCUCGGGUUGCGAAUGAAUCGAAUAAAAUUGAAACUUAAACUCCUGAGUCAUCGUGA